AUGGCCUUAACUAUUCAACUAGCAGGCAAUACAUAUGGCAUCACAUCGAUAGCCUUUGCCGCUGUGUUUUUAUAUAUCACCAGUGUAAUCUUUUACAGACUUUACCUGCAUCCAUUACGUGCAUUUCCCGGGCCCAUCUUAUGGCGUAUCACUAGCCUUCCCCGCGCAUAUCAUCUCGCCAGAGGCGAUAUACACUUCAUAGUAGCUGAUUUGCAUGCCAAAUAUGGGCCCAUUGUGCGCCUCUCGCCUGUGGAACUCGCAUUCAAUGAUGUGGAUGCGUGGAAAGAGAUCUACGGCCACCGAACCGGCGGUCACCCGGAAUUAGCUAAACACGAAGGCUUCAACAUCUCGGUCAAUGACCGCCCCAGAACGGUGCUCACCGCGAACCGCGAGGAGCACGGCAUCCUGCGGCGCCAGCUCUCGGCCGGCUUCUCGGAGAAGGCGAUGCGCGCGCAGGCGCCCCUCAUCGACGAGUACGCGAACCUGCUGAUCCGGCAGCUGCACAAGUACUGCGAGAAUGGCAAGGUGGCGCUGAACAUGAAGAACUGGUACAACUGGACGACCUUCGACAUCAUCGGCGACCUCGGCUUCGGCUCCCCCUUCGGCUCCUUGCGCAACGCCUCCUACCACCCCUGGAUCGAGAUCAUCACCGAGACCAUCCGCGAGGGCGCCUUUGUCCGCGCCAUGAACCACCUGGGCCUGCAGUCCGUCGUCUUGCAGCUGUACAGGUCCGGCCUGAUGAAGGACCACGAGAACAUGGAGCUCGUGCGCCACAAGCUCAACGACCGCGUCAACCUCGGCGUCGAGCGCGACGACCUCAUCGAGGCCCUCAUCAAGAAGAAGGACGAGAGCUAUCUUGGUCCGGACCGGUUGGCCGAGAACGCGAACCUGCUCAUCAUCGCCGGGUCCGAGACCACGGCCACCGUCCUCUGCGGCGUCACCUGGCUGCUCACGACGCACCCCGAUAAGCUGGCGAAGCUAGUCGCGGAGGUCAGGUCUACGUUCAAGAGCGACGAGGAGAUUAACUUGAUUUCGGUUGGGUCUUUGACUUAUAUGCUUGCGUGUCUGAACGAGUCGUUCAGGUGUUACCCUCCCGUGGCGGGUGAUCUGCCGCGAGAGUCGCCCAAGGGCGGCGUGACUCUUCUUGGGAAAUAUGUGCCUGAGGGGACUGCCGUCUCGAUAUUCCAAUGGCCAAUCAACAAGAACCCGCUUUACUGGAAAGACCCGGAGGAAUAUGUGCCUGAGCGCUGGACGGGCGACCCGAAGUACAAGGAUGACAAGUUCGAGGCCAUGCAGCCGUUCAGUUUCGGGCCGCGCAACUGUAUUGGCAAGAAUCUGGCCUACGCAGAGAUGCGCCUCAUCCUCGCCAAGGUCGUCUACAACUUCGACCUGAGGAUCGCGGAGGACAGCCGCGACUGGCUCAAGGGGCAGAAGGCGUACAUCGUGUGGGAAAAGCCGCCGCUAAACGUGUACCUGACGCCGGUUGUCCAGAAGUUCUAA